AUGGAGUUUGUUGGAGUUGACGUUGGAAACUAUAAAACAGUAAUAGCAUCCUCCAAGGACAACGGAAAGGUGUAUGGGGACGAGCAAGGAAAGAGGUCUAUAAAGACCAUAAUGGAGCUUAGCAUGCCGAUACGACGGUUUGGAAAUAGUGUGACCAAUGACACAGAAAACUCGCUUGAAGUAAGAAGCAGAAGCUUCAGGGACUCUCUGUCGGACAAGAAGGAUUGGGGGAAUUUCGGGAUGUUUAUGAAGUAUAUUGAUAGGGUAGUGAAAAGGAAUACACCUACCCAUCCUCCUGUGUGUAUGACUAUUCCGGUUUAUUUUAAGGAAAAAGAAAGAAGAACCCUAGUGGAUAUUGCAAAUGCUAUGGGCUUCAAGCUUGAGGGGCUUGUCGCAGACAUAUCUGGAAUGGGAAUGUUUGCAUGUGUCAGGAGAGAGGGUAUGCCUAGCCAGUUCCUUCUUUUUGAUUUCGGAUAUUCUAAGUCUACUGCUGGGAUCUUUAGUUUUGAAAAGAACGUGUUCAAGCCUCUAUAUACCAAGGCUGUGAAGAUAGGAUCUAUGCAGUUUGAUGAGAAGCUGAUUGACAUCAUCAUCGAAAAGCAUUCUCUGGAAAAAAGCCAACUGAUUCGAGAGAGAGUUAAAAGAAACCUUGACAAAAUCAAAACAACACUGAACUCCACCAAGUGCUGCAGUAUCCAACUGUUUAUUACUGAAAACCCUUUGGAGGUGGUUGUUACACAGGAUGAAUACAAGGAAGCAGUUGAGACUUAUCUAAAUGAUCUAGGUUCUUUUGUUGAUUCUGUUAUGGAAGAAACAAAGUUUGAUGGGCUGAUCGAGGUUGUUGGGGGAAAUUCAAUUUCGUUUCUUAUUAAGAAUAUGCUGAAAGAUAAGAUCAAAUACCAGUCUACAUUGGAUGUUUCGGAUGCCUCUGCCAUCGGAGCAGCCCUCGGACUUGCAUGCAGAUCCUUACGGGCAAGAUAUCUACUCCAUGACAUUGUUGGAAGAGAAAUUUCCAUAAAGAUUGAAGGAGAGGAUGUUAACCCCACAGUUAUUUUCAGUCCCACCGAACUGAUUGAAGGAAAUCCAAAGAAGAUUACAUACAAUAGAAAGGGAAGCUUUGGAAUAGAAAUUCUAGAGGAUGGGGAAGUUAUUUCGACUCUUGAAAUCCAGAAGAUGGAGACAGAGGAGCCAAAGGCAAUCCAUGUGUCUUUUUCGAUAGGAAAGUUUGGAACAGUAUGUGUAACCUCUGUGGAAUGUGAAGAUUCUGUAGAUUACAAAUACAAGCCUUUCGGGCUGUCGGAGAUUGACAUGGACGAUAUUAAGGCACUAGAGAUAAAGUAUCGAGACGAGGAGUUGGGCCUUGAAAGAAUAGGAGCAAUGAGAAAUGAGCUAGAAACUAUGGCAGUAGGGCUUGGGGAUGUUUUAUAUAGUAGAUUUGGAGAUAUAAUAAGUGAAGACGAGCUAAAUACUGUCAAGGAAGUGGCCAUGGACUUGUUUGACAUGGCACAAUCCGAGACUGUAGCCCAAGAAGAGGAGGUUAGGAAUUCCAUCUUAUCGAGGUUUGAAUUUGUGUCGAAGAAGCUUAGCGACUAUGAGGAUGCGGUGUCUGAGGACCUUAGGAAGCACAAGGAAGCCAUCGAAGAGUUCAAAAGAGAAAACUCCAAGGUUUUUACACCUAGUUUCUACAAGUUGCAGGGGCUUCUUUACAAACUAGACGAGUAUCUCAAGACCUUUGAUCUGAAUUUAUUUAAUGUAGAAUCGUUUGAUGGAAACUUUAUAACCGAGGUCAAAAGUGACAUCCAGAAGUAUCUAGAAAAGGCUAAAGCGGAGGUUGAAGAGAAGAAAAGAGAGGCCGAGAAGGAAAAGGAGAAAGAAGAUGAAAAGACCAAAGAAAAAUCCGAAGAAGAUACUAGUGAUGACUCAAAGAAUAAGAAAGAGUCUGAAAGUAAAGAUAAUAGCCAUGAGGAAUCUGAUGUUGCAAGCAUCGAUGAAUAA